AUGCAAAAGCAUCAAUCUACAAGUUGGUCUAAUCACUAUUACCUUCACAACUGUAAUUGUUGUUUUCCAAGUCCUCAUCCUUCCGAACAUGUUUGCCCUAUCACUAACCUACCAAGUCCUUCGAUGCCCGAUCAUGUAUUAUCAAUACCUGAGCCUACUUAUAUUUCAGAUUCAUCAUCAUGUCGACAAACUUUUUCUUCAAACAUACAUAAAUACCCACCAAAUUAUCCUUCAAAUUCUCAAAAUACUUCUCAAAAUCGUCAAAAUGAGAUGUCCUAUCAUCGUAACAGACAAAAUAGUGACAACUCAAAUUCAAAUUUAAGUGACACUCUUAGUCACCAAUAUCAAUGUUCUUCAAACAGUUUAAAUCGAUUAUCAAAUUUAUUUUUAUUAAAUACACUAAGUACGUUUUUAUCUCGAGCAGGAUCUCGGAUUCGUCGUCAUACACCUUCACCAACUCCAUCAUCUCACACGAAUCUUGAAGAAUUUACUGUGGUAAUUCCAGUACUUGAUAAUAAAACUAGGAGAAAAAAUUUAAAUGAUUCUCCAAUGAAAAAUCCACCUUGUUGGAAAAGAAUCUUCUGGGUUGUAUCAACAGUUCUAAAUAUUUAUACAUUUAUUGGAAGUAUUCUUUUAAUGAUUAUUCUAUCUAUAAAUGGGAAUAUCUCAAAGUCGUUUUCGCAGACCAAUUAUAUAAUUAUAGCCAUAGGUACUUUGGAAUUUGCUCCACGUUUAAUGAAUAUUUAUCAAAUUCACCUUUAUACCAAUGGAAGAAUUGGAUUUAUUGAAGCUUUGGCUAUUAUGUUUGGCAAAAAGGAACUUUACUUACUCUAUGGUAAACAUCAUAUAACUUACAAACAAGUCUCUAAUGUAAGUUACACUUCUGAUGCGCUCACAUUUGUCUAUUGGGCAUUCCUAAGUUUUGAGCUUGUCUCGGAAAUUCAAAGAAAUUUAGAAAAUACUAUAGAAUUUACUUUAUUACAUAAUAGGCAAGGAUUUUUAAUGCUUACAUUAUUAAGUGUUGUAACAUUAAUUAUUCUAAGGAUUUCAUGGGGCCUUAUUAAACGAGCUGUAUAUUUUGCUGAUAGACAUGCUUGA